AGCCAGUGGGACCUGCAGCUUGCUCCUCCUGCCGGAAGGUGGAGCAGUGAGUGCGCUGGCGGCUGGCGGCGAGCGGAGCCCACAGCGCAGCCCCCUGGCCCUCCGACAUCAUGGAACCGCCUGGCUCGUAACUUUACUUCGGGGGCUGGUCCUGGGCCUUUAUAAAUAAAAAAAAACCCAUCGCGGAAGGGGCUGAGUGGUAGUUCGGGACGUUAUGUCGUUGCCGAUGUUGCAGAGUAACAGUGGAUUGAUGCGGAGGAUCCUGGCCCAUUUUCCCCGGGAUUUGAGCCUGGCCUUUGCUUACGGCUCUGGCCUGUUCGGACAGACAGGACACUCAGGCCCCAGUAACAAUAUGCUGGAUUUUGUCUUUGCUGUGGAUGAUCCUGUGACUUGGCAUACGAUGAAUAUCAUGAAAAAUCCCCGACAUUAUUCAUUUUUAAGAUUUUUUGGACCAAAACAUGUUAGUAAAAUACAGAAUAAUUAUGGAGCUGGAAUAUAUUACAAUACAUUAGUGCCAUGUGAUGACAGGAUAAUCAAGUAUGGCGUCAUCAGUACAGGAACUCUGAUUGAAGAUCUUCUUUAUUGGAAAAACUUAUACAUUGCUGGAAGACUGCAUAAACCUGUGAAGAUAUUAAUCCAAAAUGAAAAUGGCAAGUUACAAAAUGCACUGGCUAAGAAUCUGAGAAGUGCAGUGAUCGCAGCAUUUCUUAUGCUGCCGGAAUCUUUUACUGAGGAGGAGCUCUACAUUCGUAUUGCUGGACUGUCCUACUCAGGUGAUUUUCGAAUGAUUAUUGGAGAAGACCGAUCAAAAGUAAUGAAUAUUGUUACAGCAAACAUGGAAAACUUCCAAAGACUUUACAAUAACAUUUUACAGGAGUGCCCUCAAGUGGUCUACAAGCAGCAACUGGGUAAAUUAGAGCUUGAUAAAAGUCCAGAAGGUCAAUUCAAUCAAUUGAUGGCUUUGCCUAGAACUCUUCAACAAGAGAUAACCCGUUUGGUAGACCAACCAGGGAAAAAUAGAGAUGUAGAAGAGAUCUUGCUUCAAGUAGCCCAGGAUCCAGACUGUGGAUUACUAAUACAGCAAAGUGUAGCUGGUAUCGUAAAAUCCUCGAGUAUGACCCAAAGUGCAAAAGGAAUUCUUACUGCUGGUGUGAAAAAAACAGUUACCUAUAGCAUGAAGAAGCUGCAUAAAAUGUGGAGAGGAUGGAGAAGAAAAUCGUCCUAACGUUUGCUAACUAUUAUUUAAAUUUACAUUUGAAAAAGACAAUUUUAAAUAAAGCACGCUAGCUGUGAGCUUUCAUCAGUGGCUGGGAUUCUUUGUAACUUAUUAAAUGCAUGUUUGCAUCAUCUUUAUAUUGAGAGGAGGUUACUCUUGCAUAUCAGUGUCAUUAAUAAUGAUGAGUAUUUUGGAAACAAUUUUCCUGUAAAUAUUUUAUGAAGACAAGUGCUAUUUGUGAUUUACAAUAUCCAGCAUUAUAAUUCCAUGGAACUUUGUAAGUGUGUAAAUUUUGUUACUCAUAGGUGAUUAGUUGUCAGGUGGUUAAUUAGGAUCCAAUCUUCUUGGAAAUUGUGCAGAUCCCUCCAGAUCCAUGUGAGCUACAGAAGUUGGAAGAUCUUUUAUUCAUGUCAUAUUGUUACUUUGCUGACUCGUAAGUCAGACGCAUGAACCAAGACAUUGACAUCAUAAUAAAGCUUCAGCUCAUGUGAA